AACGAUUAAAAUCAUUUCUUUCAUGUCUUUUGAUUUUUCAAUCUCGUACUGAUUGAGAUUUGUAUAAGAUCCAAUGCCUAACCUAUUAGCAUGAUUAAAGAGUAACUACCAUUUGAUUAUGAUAAUAUCUAUUGCAACCAUCUUGAUAAAGAAUGAUCACAAGGAGCUGUGUAUUUAGGUAAGCAAAUUGCAAUAAUUGUCUUUGCUGUUCAUUUCAAGUUUUUCUCACAGAGUAAGGUUACUCUUCUUAUUUCUCCUUGUGGUAAUAGUUCUAUGCUUAACCUUUCUUCAUUUAUUUAAUCGAGCAACUUAUAUUUGAUCGAACUAUAACAACCUAUUAAAAGAGCAACUAUGUCAGGUCAAACACAAACACAAACCGAAACCGUACGAUUUCCAAUCUAUGUUUCAGGUAAAGUGGUUAAAGGAUUUGGUCGAGGUUCAUCUGAACUUGGUAUACCAACUGCUAAUAUAGAAGCUGAGGUGAUUAAAAGUAUUCCUUUAUCAACUGGAAUAUAUUUUGGAUGGUCUCAAUUAUCCACAACUGAAGAUGAUUUUAAACAACUAUCAAAAGAUCAACAGGACUACUUGAAGUCAAUAUUAGUUAAACAUGAUUCUAAGAUGUUCUCACCUGUAUACAUGAUGUCCGCGAGUUUAGGUUACAAUCCAUUUUAUGAAAACGAAGAAAAGGCCUUGGAAAUUCACCUGUUAAAUAAGUUCAAUUGUGAUUUCUAUGGAUUAACAAUCAACUCUCUGAUCUGCGGUAAAAUCCGGGAAGAAGCUAAUUUUAUCUCAUUAGAGGCACUAAUCAAAGCGAUACACAAUGAUAUAGAAGAGACUCGAAGACAAUUAGAAAUCGAUACUUGGCAUUCUUUUAAAAAAGAUGAUAGAUAUUUUGUAAACUUGUGACAUUUUAAUCUUGUUAAUUUAUCAACUCGAUGUUUAAUUAACCCAUUUUUAUAGCAGUUUGUUUCUAUAAAAAACAUUGUACAUUUAUUCAGAUGAAAUUUUUCGAAGUUACCAUAA